UGAAUGGCAUUAAGGAAUAUGUUGAUAGUCUUUUAUGAUGUGCAACAGGUAGAAAACAGUAGAGAGGAUGUCUCUCCUACAAUGGAUUAUCAGAGGUGUCCCUCACUUGAGGUCUGGAGGAAACCCAGGCUACAAUCCAUUGAGAUCCAUAGUCCACAUGUCCCGAUUCACAGUUUCCUAUCACUGUGAUAAGAAAAUACCCAAAAAAUAUUCCUGUCUUGGAUUUUAUAGUUCUGGAACUCCAAAUUAUUAUGUAAAAUGGCACAAUUUCUGUAGUUGUGUUUCAAGGCCUUUACCAAGUUUACUAAGAACAAAUGUGCAGAAAAUACAAAAAGAAAUUAGUGUAAAUAAGUCUAGCUUAUCCAAAAGUGUAUCAGAGAAAUCAUUAAAUGAAGGGAUUGAGGAAGUGAAGUUCCAAACCACCCAAAAAGAUUUAAGGCUGGACUAUGGAUCAAAGCCAACUGUUCCACAAAGACUAGUACAAAAUGCCCCAGAACCUUUACGAGCUUAUCUUCAGCUGAUGAGAUUUGAUAGACCUAUUGGGUCAUGGUUGCUGUUUUGGCCAUGUGGCUGGAGCAUUGCGCUGGCAGCAGCACCAGGGUGCCUGCCAGACCUAGGAAUGAUGGCCUUGUUUGGUGCAGGUGCGGUAGUGAUGCGCGGGGCCGGAUGCACAAUCAACGACAUGUGGGAUAAGGAUUAUGAUGGAAAGGUUGCCAGAACUGCUGCACGUCCUCUUGCUAGUGGAGCACUCACCUUGUUUGAUGCAUUGGUUUUCCUGAGCUUACAGCUUAGUAUAGGAUGUCUGAUACUGCUCGAACUUAAUUGGUACUCUGUGCUUCUUGGGGCUAGUUCUUUAGGUAAGUUAUUAAAAGUGAUAAAUUAUAAAGUAGAAUUGCAUAGGUUUGAGAUUAUU